AUGACGAGGCUCCUCCUGGCCUUGUGUUGCACCGCUCUGGCGGCAGACAUCGAAAAGCAUCAGGUCCUGAGCGUGGCGAAGCCGGAGGCUCCGGGCAAGGAGGUGAAGGCACCGAUGCCUUUUGGGGGCCUGGAGCCUUUCGGCCGGCAAGAUGCUGGCCAGGAGUUGACGGAGUCUGCCAUGACCGAGACAAACGAAAUGGUGGAUCAGCUGGAGCGUGCGGAAGUGGCUGAGGAGACAUGGGUGCUCAGUUCAAAGCCACAGCUCGAGUGGUUCCCCUUGUUGCUGUAG